CAUCGACGGCAUCGACAGCAAAAACGGUGGGCUUGAAGUUAGCCGUACCGUAAUAUGACAUGGAGUUUUCAUUGGUAAACGGUGAAAUUGCAGCGCAGUCGAGUGUCACUUCGUAUGGAAAAAUGGUUAAUGCGUCGUUCUACAGCAGUGUCAUUUGCAGUGUGUUCUUCUCCGAGCAAAAUUCUUACCUGAGGUACCCGCAUACGUAACAAGGCGAACUGUUUCGAUCAUGCCCCGCAAGAAGCGCGUCCUGCAACGAUCUGCAGGUGAUGCUGCGGCUAGCACCAGUGGCCUGUACAGGCCGGAUGAAUUCCAAGCACUUGGCGAUGCCAUUAUGCCCGAUGGCAUCAUUCGUAACAAUUUUGCCAUCGGCGAAGAUAUCCAUCCCGCGGAGUGUCUGCGCAACAUUCAGGAAAUGUUCGAGGGCAAGCUUGACGCUGAUGUCAUACACAUGGUGCUCACCGAAUGCGAGUUCAACGUGAACAAUGCCCUGGAAGCCCUCUUCACACUGCUGCCACAAGAGUCUGGUGCUAGCGCGGCGAGUAUCGUCCAGCCAACACAGUCAAGCAACUUGUCUUCGUCUUCUAGCAGCGAGAGUAUCGGUGCUGGAGAAAACAUUGUCACCUCUGAAGCAGAGGUUCACAAGUCUAGUGAGGAGAGCGAGCAUGAAAGCCCCCUCGGCAUCGACCUAAACGCACGUGCGUCGUCGGACUUGGCACUCUAUGUGAAUGCUCCACCUUUUGUUCCGAACCUGUGCCAGUCUGCCGCCACGGAAACUCGGCAUUCUGAUGUGUUGGAAGAGCAAGGUGCACUUCCUCCACUUAUGUGGAGUCAGUUGACAGCGUCUGGAUGCCAACUAGGCUUUAACAUCCCUCCAUCUUUUAAUCACAACAAGCCUAAAGCAUUGUCCGCUUCUGCAAAGGAACUUCAGAAGAUCCACAGCUUGGUGGACAGUGGUCAGAGUGUGCUGGUGCUGAUGAGAGGCCUUCCGGGCAGUGGCAAGACAACUCUAGCCCAGAAGAUAUGUGGCCGUGGUGUAGUCUUGAGUGCAGACCACUUUUUUUGUCAAGGUGGCAAAUAUAACUUUGAUAAGUCAAGAUUGUCAGAGGCACAUGAAUGGAAUAAGGGAAGGGCAAAGAAGUUUAUUCAGGAAGGUCGCUCACCAAUUAUUAUAGAUAACACUAAUGUGGAAAUGUGGGAGAUGAUGCCUUAUGUGGCAUUGGCAUUAAGGGCAAAAUAUCAUGUGUGUGUUUUAGAGCCAGAUACUCCUUGGAAGUUUGAUUCUAGGCAGUUGACACAAAAAAAUAUGCAUGGAGUUCCAAGACGAACUAUAGACUCUAUGUUAGAACGAUAUGAUCGUAACAUUACAGGAGAAUCAUUGUGUCAAAGCUUUGGCCUUUUUCCUAAAAGCUCCGAUUUAUCAGUUUUGCCUAGUUGUACGCCGUUAGAGAUAGAAGAAACCAUUGUCAGUGACUCCUCCAAUCCCCUUGAUAAGACACCAUUAGAGCCACCACUUGAAGCGCCUCAAAUUCCAAGCACAUCAUCGUCUGAAAAAGCUUCCAUGGCAGCCCCUGAAGAAACUAUAAGCUUGGGAGAUCUCAUUGCUCUUGUUCAAAAUGACAGUGAAGAGUCUGGAAGCAGGAGUCGUCAGAACUCAGAUUCUUGGUCAUCUGGUCAUGAUGGCAACGACUCGGAGGAUGGGACAGAACGUGAUGACGACUUUCUUUGGGCUUCCCGCAAAGCACUGUCAUCGCUGGCACAAGCAGAUGUGCCAGUAAAUGAAACCAUACUUGAAGAGAGUGAUGCUUCGGAACAAGAGAAUGGCACCAGGCUUGAAACUGAAUCGGAGAAAGUAAUAAAAGAGACAGAAUCUGGAGCUACAUUAAUGGAAACUCUGACAGAAGUUUGGCCAGACAUCAUUGAAGGUAAGGAAAGUGUUGAUGAGACACCAAAGCCACCGAGAGAAUCACCAAGGCACCAUGGGAGCUCAACUAGGGAUGAUAACACUCCCAUCAUUGAAAAGCUUGCAGAUUUCACUGCUCCAUGGGAAGACUUGCCUGAAGGGGAAACACAGGGCCAACUUACGAAGGCUCCAAAAGAACAGAGGUCCCAGAGAGGUAAAGGUAGUCCCAAUAGGUCGAGUGAAAACAGCGCAGACUCUAGUCCUCAAAAGGAGGCCCCACACACUGUUCCCAAGGUGACCGAGACAUCAAAGCAAAAACGUUUUUCAGUUCGUGGUCCCAUAUUUGGGCUGGAAAAAGUUGUCCGCAGCAGUACCUGGACUUUUCCGGAAUUCAAUGUCUUUGAGCCCACCCGCCCAGACUCUGAAGUGAAAAACAGUGCUAACAUUUACACGGAUGCGUCAAGUUAUACUGACCCCACAGAUUUUGCAGUAGUGGGGAAAGUUCUUCUUGGUGAAUCUGGUGAGCUACGUGUUGUGGCGGCCAGAGACCCUGCAGAGAGGCUGGAUGAGGAGCACAUACACCUUGCUCCUGCUUAUAAGGCAAACACACUUGCUCGGAGUACAGACACUGAUGACCUUCCUGCAGAUGACUUAGAUGAUGAAGGUAAGCUGCUGCUGCUCCAGCAGUGCAUGCCAGACGUAAGGCCUCCAGAUUUGGAGGAUAUAUUUCAGCACUGUCAUGGAGAUCACGUGUGGGCAGCUGAUCUUUUGUUGGACUCUAAUGUUUCUUGUGACCUUCAGCCACUUGUUAUUAGUGAAGACUGUGAUGCAACAGACACCACUGGUAGUCUGAAUGCAGCAGAUCAACAGCCUGAAUUGCAAGCUUCUGUAGUGCCAGCAGCAAACGAAGAAACGUGUGGAGAACCAUCAGCUGACACCAUGUCUGCUGGAAAAGAGUCUGCUGAUAAAAGGCUGAAGAAAAGUUCCUUGAAAACUUUUCUUCCAAAGCCAGCUAGUGUUGACAGGGAGUUUACAUUUCAGCUUGACCACUCGUUUGCAUGUCAGCUUGUGGAAACAUUUGGUUCUGAAGGGCUGCAUGUAUCCAUGGAUGCGUUCCGAAGUGAUGACCUAAAUGUCACGGUCACCAGCGAGAUUGCCAGGCAGCUACAUCAACUAUGGAUGGAUACUCUGAAGCAGAGAAUGUCGAAGGAGGAAGAAGAAAUGCUGGAGAUGGUUGCCGGCUCUCCUGAAAAUGAACCACAACAUCUGCAAACGGGAGGCGAGGGUUGUUCGAAGGAAAAAUUGCCUGAAAUUGCUGGCAUUCCGCCUCCAGCAUUGCAUGAUGAUCCACGCUGGAACAAGGCGCCACACGAAAUGAGCUUUCGUGAAAUCAUGGAAAUGGAAGCAGCCUUAGAAGAGAAAAGAAAAGAUUGGACAAAGAACAAUACUUACAUGGAUAUGGCAACCAAACUUAAGCUCAAGCAACUUUACGAGAAGUUCCCAGGUGUUGAUAGACAGGCACUGGACGAAAUCUUCGUAGCAAGCAAUUAUUCGCUGAUCCAGUCUGUGUUGACUAUCAAUGAAACCCUUGGAGUGACUUCUGAAGAAGAAGAUAUGGAAAACUACGAAAAGCAGAUUGUGGAUCUCGUCGGAAUGGAAAGCAUGCAAGAGGAUGAAGCAGACGACAACACAUGGCAGCCUGUCAUCGAGGGCCACGAAGACAUGUACGACAGGUUGCGGCUGGUAGGGGACUAUGACGUGAUUCGUCGGGAGGCCACUGUCCACUACCACAUGCGUCAAGAGUCGUUCCGCAAAGCCAAAGAGGCUUAUCACCGGGGCAUGAAGACGGUGGCUGCAUUCUAUUCGCAGCAGGGUCGAGCAUAUGCAGAAAAGAUGAGAGAAGCAAAUGAACGUGCUUCAUGGAAAUUACUGCAGCUCAGCAACGCUCAAUGUGAUGACAACACCCUGGACCUGCACGGACUGCACGUGCAAGAGGCCAUUCAGGUGCUGAAGAACUAUGUGAAGCUCAAGAAGCGGGAAUCUUGGUGUCUGCAGAAGAAGCAGACACUCAGGGUCAUCACGGGUAGAGGUGCACACAGCGCAUUGAACAUACCUAAGGUCAAGUUUGCUGUCGAAGGCUACCUUCUGAGCAGUCAGCUCAACUACAGGGAGGUGCAAGCUGGGAUGUUUCAUGUCAUGCUGUAGGAAAAAUCCGUACAAGCUGACACCUUUGAACUGCCAAGGCGAAAAGCUGCUUCUAAAUUCUGAAAGCCUUUUCAUUAUAAACACCAUUGUGGUGAAAGCACAAAAUUAAGUUUAGUUUGAUUAGCUUGAAUGAAAAUUUUGAUGUUUCAGAGGUAGAGCCUUUUGGCGUUACUGUAACUUGUCUUGCUCAAUUAUCUAGACGUUACAUAAUGAACUGAUUGUAGAUUAUUGUCUGAAGGAUGUUUGUUGAAAGCUGAGUUAUCUUCAGUAUUUGUGCAGCACAACGAAUAUUGUGUCCUUCAGUGCCCCCACCUCACACCUGCCUACCCUUUUUUUGUGUGUGUGCGUGUUGUCAUAGAUGAAAUAUGACGUACUUAGCGCCUGCUGAUGGGCUCCUGCAUGGUUGUGUAUGAGGUAAUUAAUUGUGGCAGUUAGCAUGUAUUGUUGUGGGACAUGGCACAUUGCUUUUACCAUUGUUGGAUGCACAAGUUGUGGAGGGAUCGUGAAAGGUCAGACCUUUCGGUCAGGGAGACGAGAACUCAUUUGUGAGUGCUUACGUAAAAGCAGGGCGCACAUUUUAUAAAUGCUGAUCUCACCUCCUUGUACAAAAUGUAAAUAAGUUUUUAAACACACUGUUUUCAAUGUUAAGAAUAGUGUUUUAUUACGGCAGGUGCUUGGUAGCCUAGUAGUUGUGAACUUUGCAUGGCAACUCUACGUGUAUGGCCCUAUUGGAGUUAGUGUGCCUGUUGGUGGUCCAGUGCCUGUGGCACUAGAGAUCAGCGAGAAAUAAAAAAGGAAUGGCAUUGACCAGCGCGUGAGGUUAUGAAUGUGAAAUACCGUGUGCAAAUGCACAUUUGUGGAGUAAUGACAAAGGCAGUGUGUGUCUUGAUAAGCAUCAGAAGGGCACGGUCUGAAGUCCUUCAGGUCAUCACUGCCACGUUGUAGAGAUCUUUUACACAUCUGAAAA